AUGCCUGCGAGGUCCUCCGACUUAAUCUCACCUCCACCCUUCGGGCCAUCGGCAAAAGGCGACCAGGCCCCUGAGCGUGGAGCGGCAGGCAAGCCAGGCAAGAGGCAGAACGGCACGAAGAAUGGUGCUCUGAAAGCUCUGAGUGGGAGAAAUUCCCUGAAACUGGUGUCUUCGAGGGUGAAUAGUGCCGGUGUGGAAAAACUGGCUUCUCCUCCUCCAGUGGCGCCAGACAGCGUGCACCAGCAGAUGAAUAACUCCAUAUUGCCUCCUAUCACAGGGAGAGAUGUGAUGGCGCUUAUCUUCGUGUUUCUCUUGCUUCCGCAGGGCAUCUCGUGUCUUCUCUUGUUGGGCUACAUCUUGUCUGGAACUUUCCGAGGACUGGCUGCACGCCUUAUAGCAAAGGCCUCUGAGGUCAUCGAAGAAAAGAACAGCCGCCUGCUGGUCCCAAGAGUGCACCAUGUACCUGUGCUCCUGCCAGAACGCCAGAAACGCUGGCUGUACAGUAAAGAAGUCAUGGUGGAAUUCCUUCAGUUGUUCUCCAUAAAUUCUGUGGUCAUGUUGGUUCUUCACUACACAAUGCCGCAGCUGUGGCCUCACUACUUGCUGGUGCUUGCAAAGCUGAUUGUCGCCAGCAGGUUGGUGGGAACGUACACCGUAGGUACCACAACCUAUAUAUCUGUGGUAUCUGGUGGUCAACAGACAACUACGACAACAACAUCGUCAUCCGCGAACAACAAUUCGCCUUUUGCAUCGAACACCGGCGCCCAGCUUCCCAAUGGCGGGGCGCUUGAUAGACCGAAAUAUCUGAAGUCAAGCUUCAUCAACUCCUUAUUGGGGUUUGCUUCAGUGACAGCUACAGACUACUUGAUACGCCAUUGGAUCCAGCAUUUGAAUGUCCCUCAUUUAGUCAGUGAUUUGGCUCGUUUUUACCGUGGCGUUUGGCAUUUUGGUGUGUCUUCUGAAUCGGCCCACGCAUCAGAGUAUCUUAAAGCUUUUUUCACAAAAUCCCCGUUCAUUGUUACCUACAACUACCUUUCCAGAAGAAAAGAUCGAUACUACAAUUUGGGUAUGAAAAAGUGUUCAGGCACAAAUUUGACAGCAUUCGACAAGUUCAUCAUCUACAUUGCUCUCAGGUUUACCAACAUGGACGACUCGUCUGUGAACACAUUAACCCAAGUGCUUCAGGAGGUCGGCACCGUAAUCAACUAUGCAUAUCUUGUUCUUUGCAUUCAUGUCACUAGUCUCACGAUAUCACCAUUUUUGCAAAAAUUCUUCAUCUCAAGAGACUACUCAAGAAAUUUGGACCAUUUGUCUUCACUCACUCCAAAAAUACCAUUGUAUGGAGAUCGCAAAAAACCACUUGCCAAUCCUUUGUUAUCAUCAGAUUCUAUGAUGGUCGUCAAUGUCGACCAGCCCCAGUCUUUCGCCAAGCCUUCAAAUUCUCCCUUCGUCAUCACCAUUGAUGAGGAUAUUGCCUCAUCCGAAACAAAUUGGGCCAUAAGGGAGGACGACGAAAUAAGGGCAAGCAACUUUGAAGUUUUUUGUCUUGUUCCUCCAGCUUCCAAAGCGGCAACCGUGAGUAAUAAAACUCAGCAAAAUCGAACUUUAGUUGACAGAAAAAGGACAAAUAGCGGCGCUACCCCCAACCAGUCCACGACGGUUGUUGAGCGCUACUUUACUACUGCUAUUCAACCCAUGUGGUCUUGGAUUGCUGCUAUCAAGAUAUUCUUCGACAAUGCUGCUUGUUUCAACGGCAAACCUACAAUAAAGAAGGACUGUGGCGGGGAAUUCUUGGAAGAACGUCACGCUAUUUACAAUGUUAGUGUGUGUGAAAUUGGUGACACUGAGAUCAUUUGCGAAGUAAACCCAUGCUCAUUAAGCGCGCUGGACUCCUUCCUGGUCUUUGUUAAUUCGAUCUCGUGGUAUCUUGUCAAAACGCUUACCCUGAAAAAUUCACCAAGACUCCUAUUGAAAAUUGAGGGUCUCCAACCGUUGUGCCAAUAUGAAAUUGCAUUUGCGCGUAAAGAUGGAACGUGUUUCGGUUCCGUGAAGGUGUCCACCACGGGCCAAACGACCGAGAGCGGAUUUCUUGAUAAAUCGGUGAACAUAUCGCCCCUUCAUACUCUUCAAGGAUGCUUACUAGCUACUGCAGAAAGUCUCAACGAGCUCAAAUUGCGUCACAAGAAGCAGAAGAAAGACGAGAACAAAAAAAUCACGGAUCUAAAAAAACAAGUUGAGAGUAUGAAAGCUAAAGUGGAGAAGCUUCAUAGCAGAGCACCUGUCGAAGGACGUGGUUAUGGGAAACUUAAAGGAUUACAGUACUCAGUAAUGCAAUUGGAAAACGAGGUUCAAGAUCUACAGAAACAGCUCGAUGACACUAGGGAGAAAAAUGAAAGUGUAAAUUAUGAUUUGAGACUGGAAGAGCGAGCCAUGCUUGAGCAAAUCCGUACCCUAGAGGCAUUCAUCGAGGACCACGAAUUCAACACUAGCCAGCUCAAGAAUGAUAUUCGUGCGGUGGAGACCGAGCGCAACAAUGUGACUAUGAAGCACCGUAAAUUGGAAAGCAAAAUUAGUUCACGCAGGGAAGAGAUAUAUCGACUUCAGACAGAAAUCAAAUCUAUGAGGAAAUCUGUGUUGGGACGUUACCAACGCAGACAAAAGAGAGUUCUGGAGAGGUUUGAAACUAUUCUUCCCAAGGUACAACUGGCCAGUGACGAGCUUGCUCAGGAAUUGAACGAGUUGUCGUCAAUAGCGCAAUAG